CGGGGCUCGGAGCGUGUGACGCCACGGCCGCGGCGGAGCCGGGGAUUAAUGGGAAAAGUUUUGGCAGGAGCUGGGGGAUUUUGCGGAGCCUGCGGGACGGCUGCGGCCGCGGUGCGGGAGACGGCCGGGACAGUGCUGCGCAGUGGUGUGGGUAUGCACGUGACACUCACUCAGUGGCUCCUGCUCACCGACAGAUGAAGAUGAACACACAGUAAAGGAGAUCCAUCUGUGCUCAGACCCAGAUGGUGCCAGAGCUAUGACCAGGCCUGCAGGCGCCACGCCGAGUGGGGGACAGCCAUGGAGCGGCCACAGGAGGAGGCCCCUGAGGCCAGGGAAGAGGAGAAAGAGGAAGUGGCCACGACUGAAGGAUCCCCAGAGCUCAACGGGGGACCAGAGCACUCGCUUCCUUCCAGCAGCUGCACAGACCUCUCCCAGAAUUCCUCUCCUUCCUCCCUGCUGGACCAGCUGCAGAUAGGCUGUGAUGGGGCCUCAGGUGGCAGCCUCAACAUGGAGUGCCGUGUGUGCGGGGACAAGGCCUCAGGCUUCCACUACGGGGUCCAUGCCUGCGAGGGGUGCAAGGGUUUCUUCCGCCGGACAAUCCGCAUGAAGCUUGAGUAUGAGAAGUGUGAUCGGAGCUGCAAGAUCCAGAAGAAGAACCGUAACAAGUGCCAGUACUGUCGCUUUCAGAAGUGCCUGGCGCUCGGCAUGUCCCACAACGCCAUCCGCUUCGGAAGGAUGCCAGAAGCCGAGAAGAGAAAGCUGGUGGCAGGGCUGACGGCCAGUGAGGGGUGCCAGCACAACCCGCAGCUGGCCGACCUAAAGGCCUUCUCCAAGCACAUCUACAAUGCCUACCUGAAAAACUUCAAUAUGACCAAAAAGAAGGCCCGUAGUAUCCUCACCGGCAAGUCCAGCCACAACGCACCCUUUGUCAUCCAUGACAUCGAGACGCUGUGGCAGGCAGAGAAGGGCCUGGUGUGGAAACAGCUGGUGAACGGGCUGCCGCCCUACAAGGAGAUCAGUGUGCACGUCUUCUAUCGCUGCCAAUGCACCACGGUGGAGACUGUACGGGAGCUCACUGAGUUCGCCAAGAGCAUCCCCAACUUCAGCAGCCUCUUCCUCAACGACCAGGUGACCCUCCUCAAGUACGGCGUGCACGAGGCCAUCUUUGCCAUGCUGGCCUCCAUCGUCAACAAAGACGGGCUGCUGGUGGCCAAUGGCAGUGGCUUCGUCACCCAUGAGUUCUUGCGCAGCCUCCGCAAGCCCUUCAGUGACAUCAUUGAGCCCAAGUUUGAGUUUGCUGUCAAAUUCAAUGCACUAGAACUCGACGACAGUGACCUGGCACUUUUCAUCGCGGCCAUCAUUCUGUGUGGAGACCGUCCAGGCCUCAUGAGCGUACCACAGGUGGAGGCCAUCCAGGACACCAUUCUGCGGGCUCUGGAGGUCCACCUGCAAGUCAACCACCCUGACAGCCCGUACCUCUUCCCCAAGCUGCUGCAGAAGAUGGCCGACCUGCGACAGCUGGUCACUGAGCAUGCUCAGAUGAUGCAGUGGCUGAAGAAGACUGAGAGUGAGACCUUGCUGCAUCCCCUGCUCCAGGAAAUCUACAAGGACAUGUACUGAGGCCUCGGCCCAGGCCUCCCUACAGGCUCCCAGCCAUGGGACUGACUGUUGUGAGGACCAGCCUGCCCACAAGCACUGGGCACAGCCCGAGCAGCUGGAGCCCAUUCACAACACUCCAGACACAAGGCCCAGACUCCCACCCUCCCUGCCUUCUGCCCACUUCUCCCCAGCGCUUCCUGUUGUUGCUGUUUCCCGCCCUGCUCUUCCACCUUGUCAUCUGCAGCAUCCUCUUCCUCCCAGCCUAUCCCCAUGUCUGCCUGAUUCAUGUGAGUGAGGCUGUUGGUAUGCUUACCAUCAGCCCAGAAUAAGGCCUCUACCUUUGCCUAUCUUCCCGGGAGCAGUGGGGCCUACCCUGGCCUGGUCCUGCACGCACCUGGCCCUGCCUCACCUCCAUCUCCCUCUUCAAAUACUUGAGACAUCCAAAGAAACACUAAGCUCUGGGCCCAGCUUUCCAAGAAGCUUGGCCUGGACUGACUGCUGUUCCAGCCUGUGGUCACCAUCACAGGGUUCCUCCUGCAGAGGAGAGUGGGCAAGGAGCCUGGGCUGAGAGCCAGAUUUCUCUCCCAGACUGUCUCCUCAACCCAAGGCACCCCACUCCAACUCUGACACCCUCCAUUCUUCCUGCCCUCGUGGGUUCCCACACCCCCUUUGAAGAGGGGGAGGAGGGUAGAAGUUGGCCAGAAGGAACAGCACACUAAGUUCUGAUGCCAGGACUGGGGUUUGGGUCCCAGGGUUAGAGAGCAGACAGCACGCGGGGCAGGCUCUCCAUCGGUACCCACUGGCCCCCACCCUGUAGCAGCAUUCAGACUGGCAGAGCCCAGUGGGGGGGGGAAGGGGGAAUCCGACUGUAGCUGCUUUUUCCUCUACCCUGCAGGCACUGGCACAUCUGCUUCCCGCAACUGCCUGGGUGUAACCAUGGCAGUGGCUCACCUCUUGGUCACCACAGGGCCCCUCCCCAAGGUGGCUGGGGGAUAGCUCUUCCUAGGGUUGGUGAUGUGUGAGUAGGCAGGGGUGUGUCCUGCCUGCGCUUCUCUGCCCAGUCCCCUCUCACAUUCACACAUCUCAGCGGCUCCAUGGCCUUCUCUUCUUUUGCCUGGCUGGUCACCAGCUCUCAGCUGCUGCUUAGAGUGGCACAGAGCUUGCUGGGUGCUCCCUCACCCAGCCAUGCUCUCAGAGAAAAACACUGGAAGCUUGGGCCUCAAGCCCUUAUGUCCUGGAUCCCAUCUGCUUUUUGUCCCCAGGGCCUUAACUGUCAGACCACAGCUCUGGAGGGAAGUGGCUUGGAGAGGGGACAGCCCUGUGAGUGCUCCUGCCAAUGCAGUGACCUUCUGUUGCCAGAUCAUCCCUGCUACAAGCUCCCUGCCCCCACCUCCUCUGAUCAGGUCUUGGGGUGUUCCCUGUGGGGCCCAGGCUGUGAAUGGGGCGAUAUUCCCUGACCCACCCUGUCCCUGCGCCCGCCUAGGUCUGGAGCAGAGGGUACAGCUCCUCUCAGGGUCUGAAGUCUCCAAAACUGAAACAUAUAUUUUUGCUAGGAGCCCAGCUUCCUGUGUUUUUAAUAUAAAUAGUGUAUACAGACUGACAGAACUUUAAAUAAAUGGGAAUUAAGUAUUUAA